ACACUGUCCAGUUGUUUUUGUUUUCUCCGUUGCGUCGGUCGUUGCGCGCUGCGUUUUAGUUUUUUAAAAAACGCACUUCCUCGUGCGUCUGUUUAGUAUCCUAAACGUCGUAGAUUCUGCCAGUUACUCGAAAACCUAUUCGUAUCCUUACAUAACUGAAAAACUAUUUCAUGUUUAAUUUAGCAGCCGGGCGGAAACGAAUUAACAAAGACACGCAAGUACUUGCACACUGCGCUAUUAUGCAAAGUGCAGGCGGAAAAACAACAACAUUGCAGCUGGCCUAAGAUUGCAAAAGGAAAAUAAAAAAAAGAAAAAAUAAAUAACAAACAAAUGCAAAAAGUGCCUUGGCAAAACCCGAAAAACCCCAUAAAUCAGCUGUGAUCUUUGUUUUCGGUUCUCCAGAGAGGGGGUUGCAAAAACGAGAAAAAUGGGCGGGUUGGGGAGCGGUGGCUUGCUGGACAUUUACUCGAUGGCUUGGGAACAUUUGAGACCCGGAAGCUCGCCAGUCGAUUGGUGCGAGGGCAACUACUUAAUUUCGUCCAAUAUUGCGGAGUUCGUGAACACGUUCAGCAACUUUUUGUUCAUCCUACUGCCGCCCGUGUUGAUAAUGCUGUUCAAGGAGUACGGAAGGUUUGUAACUCCCGGGAUCCAUGUGAUCUGGGUGCUCCUCAUCGUGGUGGGCCUCAGCUCCAUGUACUUCCACGCCACCCUGAGCUUAAUCGGUCAGCUGCUGGACGAACUGGCCAUUCUGUGGGUCUUCAUGGCUGCCUUCUCCCUGUUCUACCCCAAACGCUAUUAUCCCAAGUUCGUGAAAAACGAUCGCAAAACCUUCAGUUGGCUCAUGCUGAUGUCUGCGAUCGCGGCAACGGGCUUGUCGUGGUGGAAGCCCAUUGUUAAUGCCUUUGUGCUCAUGUUCAUGAGUGUACCGACCAUGGUAAUGCUCUACACCGAGCUGCAAAGAGUUAGCGACCAGAGGGUCUAUCGCCUGGGAAUCCGAUCGACGACUGUUUGGGCCGUCGCCGUCUUCUGCUGGAUAAACGACCGGGUUUUCUGCGAGGCGUGGUCGGCGAUCAACUUCCCGUACCUUCAUGGAUUCUGGCACAUCUUCAUCUUCAUCGCCGCGUACACGGUGCUGGUGCUGUUCGCCUACUUCUACGUGGAAUCGGAGCUACCGCAGCGACAGCCGCUGCUGAAGUACUGGCCGAAGAACGAGUUCGAGUUCGGGAUACCCUUCAUAUCGAUAAGGAACCCAGAUUCGAAAGAUUGGCUCGACUACUGCAGCCUGUACAUGCAGGACUAUCCCUACAAGCACGGAAAGAACUAGGGCAUCCCCAAGUGGAUCCUUCUCCAAAAAAAGCAAACAUACACAGCGUGAUAUAUUUAGAGGAAUACCUAAAUUAAUUAUACAAUACUUAGCGGUUAACUAGCUCGCAAAACAACCAAAUUAUUUCUAUAAACCCACAAUGUAUAGCUGCCAUAUAGAGCGUUACGAUAGGAAAUACUAUAUGUUUUACUACUUUAAAUAAAUGUCCACAAAUGUCCUGCGUUAAAA